AUGGUACUGAAAAGCAUGAAGAUCUCAACAGUGAUGAAAUGUGUCCAAGGAAGCCCAUGCUCUCUUCAUUUAAACAUUAAAGGAACUCUGAGUCUGGAUGAAAAUAUCCGUGGGCUGGAAAUAUGUUCUCUUUCACUGGACACACAGCAAUCUCAGUGCACGAACGUGAGAUUUGCUAGGAAAAAAAGCAAGAUGCUUAAUGGAAAGAAGGUACAGGUACAAUUCAAUUGCAUUGAAGUCAAUGUAGCACAACACAUCUACGUGACCAUGAAAACAGUACCAAAUUACUGUGAAGUCAAGCUGAGUCAGGAAUACUACGUUGAAGAUUGCAGAAACAGUGAUGUGGGAAAACAUAUUUCAGCUUGUUCGGCUGGAAUGUUUGAUUAUAAUGUAGACAGGACAAGGAAAAUUAUAUCAGUGAAUGUAUCCAACUUUCUUCGAGAUCAAGAUUAUUACGUUCGUCUGUGCCACAAAUGGUUUACCUGUGAAGAUGUAGGGGCAUUUGCUGUGAUAAAAGGGAAGGAAUCUUUAAAAUCUGUUUCUCUGAAAUAUUCUCAGCUACUCCCUUGUCUUUGCAUUGAGGGUUGGCUGGCAGUUCCAGAUGCAAGGAGGAUACAGCUUUGCCCCUUUGAAAAUGAUACAAAGGUGCUAUGGGAUAAUAUUGUUUACAACCCAGCGACACAAACCCUAGCUUGGGAGCCAGCCUGUCCUGUGCUUGUCACGGUUAACCUAUGCAGGUUAAUGAAGCCUAAUGACCACUGUGAAGAUAUACAAAACUCUUCAAAAAAUUCUACUGAGAAAGUUAAAUAUUCUCGUGUGGACACUCACCCAAGACUUUGCAUGAAGUUUACAACCAAGCAAGGCUUUUGGGUUAAAUGUCCAUUUGCUCAUGGAGAAUUUCCAGCUUGGAAAAUGAGAACUGCUGCAGCUGCAGAACAAAUACAAGUUUUCUUCACAUCCCAAACCAAGGCACAGUUCUCAGUGCUUGUGUGUAACAGGACGCAGCUGGCCUCAUGUGAAUCUGUUGGGAAGCACCAUUCAGUCUCUGUGGGAGAUUCUGUAUCAAUCACUAUGUCACAGGAAAUGUGUGGGUCAACAAUUUGCAUUCAGGGCUGGAGGACAGAUGUAGAUUAUUCAGUUCCACUGCAGAUCUGUGAUAUCCACUGUGGUUUUCAUGGUCAGACAUACGGCGAUGGAAGCCCAGCAAAGGCCAUGACACACAGAAUGAAGAGUGUGCAUUCCUUGUACUGA